GCUAAUUAUUAAUUAACCCACAAAUUAGUAGGUUUCCUACUACUAGCUAGCAGUGAGUAUUAUUGGGCCUCACAAAAUAUGUUUGUCAUGUGGACCAAAGUAUGGGAUAGUAUUGUUGGGCCUCCCGGAGCCCAACUCCUUGUCUGUGGUGAAUGGCUCCAAAUUUCCCCCUUUUCCUCGCUCACUGUCUUGUUUUCGGCUUGCUCCUACUACUCGGAGACUGCGUGCGGUGCUUUGCUGCGGAUUUCCCCAGUCGUCGUCGUCGUCGACCUUCGCACUUCCCUCGAUUACUACUUGCUGCUUUCCGGCGAAAGCCCUAGCUAUCUUCAACAAUGCAGUGUGCAAUCUCUGGCGACGUGCCGGUGGAGCCCGUUGUGAACGCCAAGUCUGGCCUUCUAUACGAGAAGCGCUUAAUCGAGGGGUUCAUUCAUGAAACUGGAAAAUGCCCCGUAACUGGGGAACCUCUUACAGGAGAUGAUCUGAUACCCAUUAAAAUGGGGAAGAUUGUGAAGCCCAGAACCGUUCAGACCGCUAGCAUUCCUGGAAUGCUUGGCAUGUUUCAGAAUGAAUGGGAUGGGCUCAUGUUAUCCAAUUUUGCUUUGGAACAACAACUACAUACUGCAAGACAGGAGCUCAGUCAUGCACUCUACCAGCAUGAUGCAGCCUGCCGUGUAAUUGCAAGACUUAAAAAGGAAAGGGAUGAAGCAAGAGCAUUGCUUGCACAGUCAGAUAGAAAGAUUCCUAUGUCGGCCACAUCAACUGCUGCAGCUAAUACUUCUGCUGUUGCUAAUGGAAAAAGAGCAGCGGAUGAUGAUGAUUUGGCCCCUCCUGGAAAGAAGCUUCGUCAAGGAAUUUCAACUGACAUAAUUACUGAGCUAACAGAAUGUAAUGCUGCCCUUUCACAGCAACGUAAAAGGCGACAGAUUCCUCCAACCUUGGCAUCUGUUGAAGAGUUGGGGAGAUACACCCAACUUUCCAGUCAUCCACUUCACAAGACAAACAAGCCAGGAGUCACAUCUAUUGACAUCCUGCAUUCCAAGGACAUUAUUGCCACUGGAGGAGUUGAUUCCACAGCCGUACUCUUUGAUCGCUCAUCAGGACAAAUCCGAUCAACACUUAGUGGUCACUCAAAGAAGGUUACUAGUGUGAAAUUUGUAGCUGAUGGUGGAACGUUCUUGACAGGAUCAGCCGAUAAGACUGUUCGUAUAUGGCAAGAAUCUGAAGAUGGGAACUAUGAUUGCCGACACAUUUUGCGGGAUCAUACUGCUGAGGUUCAAGCUGUCACUGUCCAUGCCACAAAUAACUACUUUGUGACGGCCUCUCUUGAUAAUACAUGGUGCUUCUAUGAUCUUUCUUCGGGUUCAUGCCUAGCUCAGGUUGCUGCGGACACAGACAGUUCCAACCCUGAAGGGUACACGGCUGCUGCCUUCCAUCCUGAUGGUCUCAUUCUUGGAACUGGCACGUCUGGAGCUAUUGUCAAAAUUUGGGAUGUUAAAAGUCAGGCCAAUGUUGCCAAAUUUGACGGGCAUGUUGGGCCAGUAACUGCCAUAUCUUUCUCUGAAAAUGGUUACUUCCUUGCUACUGCUGCACAUGAUAGCGUUAAGCUUUGGGAUUUGCGCAAAUUGAAGAACUUCCGGAGUCUGAAUCUUUAUGAUGCAGAUACGCCAACUAACUCUGUGGUAUUCGACCACAGUGGCUCUUACUUAGGAGUUGCUGGCUCAGACAUAAGAGUUUUCCAAGUAGCUAGUGUAAAAGCAGAUUGGAACUGCGUCAAAACUCUUCCCGAUUUAUCUGGAACAGGGAGAGCAACAUGUGUUAGAUUUGGUCCAGAUGCGAAAUACCUUGCUGUAGGAUCGAUGGAUCGAAACCUCAGAAUAUUUGGGCUGCCCGAUGAAGAUGCUGAAGCACCACAGCCAGAGUCAUAGGAAUCAACUGGUCGGAGAGUGAAGCCACCUAGUCUUUUUGGCAUUCGAGAACAUUAUUUCAUUUUUGCUUCCACUGGGAUCGGAGGAAUUUUCCAGCAAGGGAGCAGUAGAUCAAAUGGUAGAUUCUAAAGUGUUUCCAUGGUGUGGGUUCCUUAGCCUCCAACAGAGGUCGUCGAUGAACCUUCCUAGGGCGUUGUAUUUAGAACAUCUGAGUUGUUAGAUUCACUGAAACACUAGUUGUUACAGCUAAUGAGAGUUCGAUUUGUACGGUAGCUUCGAAUUUGCGGAUGAUGAUAUUCUGUUCUAUUCGAUUUGGUUGCAAGAGAAAAAUUCUCCACCUUUCACCAUUGUAGCUAAUUCGGCUUGAUGUUCACCUAUUAUUUGGGCAACAAUAUGGGAUCUGUCUUCUAAGUUCUAACUAUUGGUUGGUUAAAUUAGCUGCUGCUUCUGAGCAUCGCUCCCUCCUUCGUCCCAACUCCGCGCGGGAUAAGGAUUAUACAUAUAUGCAACUGCUAUACUCUACUACUUGAAUUCAAAUUUCCAAAACUGGAGUUGGAAUUCCAACCAGUGCUUAACAUGACCAUAUGUCCCUACCAACUGAAUCCAAAACUAGAACCAGAGCUAAUUAUGAAUGAAGAUCCUCCUUCCCCUACUCUUAAGAUUAACUAUUCGUCGUCCCUGGUAGCUUCCUAACAAUGAAUGAUUUCAACAAGGAAUUACACAGCAUCGUCAACCCUAAAAGAAUAAAGAAUUACAGGAUCA